AGAUAAAGCCAGCUGAGGUGGAAGUGUGACAGCUUUUUUGACCAGCAUCACUAACAGCAGCUCAACAGCAGACUACAGCAGCAUUACAAAGUUCAAAGACAAAGUUGUCCUCUCGUCUUCUGCGCCAAAGCUCAUCGUUUGCCUGGCUUCAAGGUUUACCAGGAGGAAGAAUGGCUCUGGACAGUGAGCAGAAGAAGCUUCUGUUGAAAACGCUGAUGGAUCUUGGCUGGUGAUCAAGCGCGGCGAGAACACUCUGGAUGAGACCAUCAAGAUUCUGGAGAAGAUAGGCAACAAGAACUUGGUCAAGAUGUUGCGUCGCAACAUGCUGGAAAUAAGAGGCACUGUCCAUUAUGAUGUUCAGAUUGCCAUAUUCAAGGAUGACCUGCAAGACAAACUGCGGGAUGUAUACAGCUUUGUUCAUGAGGGCAACAUCGAGCUCUGGCAGAAACAGCCUCUGGCGGACGUCUACACAGAGCUGGACGUCACCUACGGAGCCGACGUCAGCCCCGAUGAGCGACACGAGGUCCUUCAGCUGGAGACACGUGCAGCCGCGGCCAAUCAGUCUAUCCUGCCGUGCGACAUCUUCAAAAACCAUGACGGGAAGACCCGCCCGAUACGCACACUUCUCACCAUUGGCUUUGCUGGAAUUGGGAAAACCUUCUUAGUUCAAAAGUUUGUGUGCGACUGGGCCAGCAGGAAUACCAAUCAGGAUGUCCACUUCAUAUUUCCCUUCACCUUCCGUGAGUUGAACACGGACAAAGGGAAAAAUUUUACGCUGGCCAAGCUGAUCCGACGCUACGUUUGCGAGAGUAGGCACAUGAGCGAGGAGACACUGAACAAUAUAUUUGCCGAACUGCAGAUGUCCGGGAAGCAGGACUACGAAAGCAGCGGGAUCAAGAUCUUGUUUGUCUUGGACGGACUGGACGAGUGCAACUUCGAAAUGGACUUGAAGAAUGAGAUGAAAGUAGACAUGAACGUGACGGAGGCCUACCCGCUGGAGAUGCUCCUGGCGCACCUCAUAAAAAGGAACCUCCUUCCCUGCGCCCGGGUUUGGAUAACCGCGCGGCCCGCCACGGCCCGCGAUAUCCCCUCGCACCUCAUCGACAGCAUUAUCGAGGUGAGAGGAUUCAGUGAUUCCCGGAGGCUGGAUUACUUCAGGAAAAAGUUCCCAAAUGAGGAGCGUGUCAUUGAGCACAUCCGGAAAACUCGCACCAUCUUCAUCAUGUGCUGCAUGCCCAUCUUCUGCUGGCUAACCGCCAAAGUUCUUCAGGAUCAUUUGGAUUUGAAAAGAAAGGAGGAAGAGCUUCCCACGACGCUGACCGACAUGUACUCACGGUAUGUGUUUCACCAACUGAAAAGCUCAGAGGAGAGACAGAUGACGGACUACAUCCAUGACCUGAAAGCGCUAGCGAAGCUGGCCUUUCACCACACCAUGAACAAGAGUCAGAUCUUCUACGAAAACGACCUGACGGACAGUGGCUUUGAUUACAGCCAAGCCGCCAAACAUUGUGGAAUAUUCACCAAGGUGUUUAAGGAGGUACGUCCGCUCAAAAGAAACCAACCGAGCAAGAUGUUUCAGUUCGUCCACCUGACCGUCCAGGAGUAUCUGGCCGCAUUCCACGUGAUGAUUUGCCUCUUCCUCGACAACAAGAACAUUCUGGCUGAUUCAGAGCUGGCACUGGAGGGUAUUUUCCAAGAGGAAGAAUCAGAAGAACCAGAAUCAGAGGAAGAAGUUGAAAGGGAAUCAGAAGAUGAAGGAAAAGGUACAGAGGAAGAAGUUGAAACAGAAUCAGAAGAUGACGAUGAAGGUGGUUGGAAAAUCACUGAGAUCCACUGGUUUGCCCUGAAGAGAGCCUCAGAGAGUGGAGGAAAUCUGGACCUGUUCUCCGUUUCCUCUUUGGCCUUUCCUUGCCGUGCAACCAAGAACUAGUGGGGGAACU